ACAUACGGGCGAAAAACAAGCGCCAAUAGUCCGAUCGUAGUUUUGACUGAAGAUGAACGUAAACUUAAUAAUCUGCCCGUCAACCGGAGGCGAAUAUCGAUUAAGCGUCGAUUUGGGGGAAAAUGUCAAUGAUCUCAGACGAUCAGUAGCUUCAAAGUUUAGAUUAGACGCUGAAAGAAUUCGACUGAUAUAUAACGAUAGGAAUUUAACAACAGGAACGCUUGAAGAAAAUGAUGUCGGCGAAAAUAGUAAAAUAAUUCUACUACCGUGCUUAAGGAGUGGACUAGUCCCCAAGAGCGUCGAAUCGACAAGCGUUCAAAUAGCGGAAGCUUUAAAAACUUUGUCCGGAAAACAGAUUGACGAUUUCUUAUGCGGUCGAAAACCUUUGAAUUUAAGGUUGAUUUUAGGAGGUCAUUUCGUCUACGUUCAACUGCAAUUAUCUUCAACUUCAAAAUGCCCUAAGCAACCUUCUCGAAUAGAGGACGUUCGCUGUCACGGAUCUGGAGUAUUUUCCGGAACAUUCUCAGGAACAGUUCGGUCUCCAAAAUCAAAGAACGGUGCGUCUCUAGUGGCGGGAAUACUCAACGACAUCCUCUUCUCUCAACGCAGACGCCGUGACGACCAGAUGACAGGCGAGAUAAGGCGAGCCGCCUCUCGUCAUUCAUCACCAGAUAAACAAAGGAGGGUAGAAGACGAUCAGACGCGUAGUAAAAUGGCCGCAUUAAAGGAGGCUCUAGUUGAACGAAGGCGUAAGAAGAGAAAAUUUUCACCUUACGAUCGACUCUUAGUAUAA